CGUGAAAGAGCUCAGUUUUGUGAAAAAACAAUAUUUUUUCUAAAAAUUGUAGUAAAAUAUAAUGAAAUUCUUGGUAGUUUGCACUCUAAUUUGGGUAUCCGUCCAGAGACAAUAUGUCUAUGAGGCAGCAGCUCAAACGGUCGAAGUGCAACGUUUCGAUGAAACCGCGGCAGAGAGCUUCGAUCAAGUUUUCAGUGCCUUUGAUGCUGAUAUUGGCGAGAGUGGUUUUGGCAACGCUAAGCCUCAACGCAACAACUGCAAAAGCCAAUGCUUUUGUGGUACAUCAAUCGGCAAACGCAUUGUUGGUGGCACACAUGUUCGCCAAAACAAAUAUCCCUGGACAGCCCAGUUGGUAAAAGGUCGCCAUUAUCCGCGUCUCUUCUGUGGUGGCUCUUUGAUUAAUGAUCGCUAUGUGUUGACUGCUGCCCAUUGUGUCCACGGUAAUGGUGAUGAGAUAACAAUCCGCUUAUUACAAUUGGACAGAUUAUCCCGGGAUCCUGGCAUUACCAGAAAGGUUGCCCGCACCAUUGUCCAUCCCCAAUAUAAUCCCAAUACAAUUGCCAAUGAUGUUGCCUUGUUGAAAUUGGAAUCCCCUGUAACAUUUAAUGACGAAAUUCGUCCCGUAUGUUUGCCACAUGCAAAUCAAACCUUUGAUGGCAAAAAUGCGAUUGUUGCCGGUUGGGGUCUAUUGGAGGGUGGUCAAACAUCGAACAAUUUGCAAGAAGCCAGCGUUCCAAUUAUUUCAAGCAAGGAUGCCUGUCAAGGUGACGGUGGUGGUCCAUUGAUGGUUAACGAUGGUCGUUUCGCAUUGGUUGGUGUUGUUUCAUUUGGCUAUGGCUGCGGCCAGGCUAAUGCUCCCGGUGUUUAUGCUCGUGUUACCAAAUUCUUGAGCUGGAUUAAAACGAACACCAAGGAUGGUUGUUACUGCAGUGCUUAAUUCACAUAUGGAGAUAUAUGAAUCAAAGCGAAUUGCCAAAAUUUAUAAUUUAUAAACUAUAACACGUAUUUCCAGAUUUCUCAGUAUUGUGUACUCUUGCAGUUCGCCCAACGUUAUCAUGUCCUCAACACCAUUUUGUGAUGUCAAAUGCAUUGCCUUGACAAUAUCUGCAUUUUGUACCCAAUACUGUUUGCCAUAGUCGUCG